AUGUCUUCAAAACUCGAUCAGUCUCUGGAUGAGAUUCUCGCUGAGCGCCCUCGUGUUGGUGCCGCUGGCCGUCGCGGUGCCAGGAGUGGCAAUGCUCCCGCUGGCGGUAUCCGCAAACGCCCUCAGCGGGCUGCCGCACAAAAGGCAUCCGCAACUAUCACGCAGAACGCUACCAAGACUGUGCCAACUGGCCCGUCUGGAAAGGUCGCUGGAUCUAAAAUUAUUGUUUCUAACUUGCCCUACGAUGUGGAUGAGGCUAUGAUCAAGGAAUAUUUCACCAAGGUUGUCGGCCCAAUUAAGCGUUGCGUCAUCACUUAUGGACCGAACGGCCAGUCACGUGGAAUUGCAACUGUUGAAUUUUCUCGAGCUUCUGACGCCGCCACCGCAGUCCAAAAAUACAACGGUGUUGAGGUCGACAAAAGGCCGAUGAAGGUUGAACUUGUUGUGGACCCCACCGCGCCAGCUAGUUUCGCAGACCGCAUCGGUGCACCCAAGCAGGUUCCCGUAGCUCGUAACUCUACCGCUAACAAGCCAAAGCCUGUCACUAAAAAUAUGGGUACAUCAGCAGCUCGCGGUGCUAAAGGCAGACGUGGGGGCCGUGAUGCUCGUGGUGGACGCUCUGGCAAUCCUAGCCGAAAGAAGCCAACCGCCGAGGAAUUGGAUGCUGAUAUGGCAGACUACUUCGUUGGUGGAACUUCCGGGGCUGCCACAGCCGGUGGGGCUGCCCCAACUGCGGUUGGUGCCAGCAAUGGUGAUGUUGGGAUGGAUGAUGAUGUUUUGGUUGGUUCACCCUGA